AUGCUUUCAGCCCUUGAUGUCGAGUGGGCAAGACGCCUUCGCGAUUUGUUUCUCGGUGUCUGUCGAGUGUUACUGACCCAGUUCACGUUGGUAGACUUGUCGAGACGAAUUACUGGUAGCAUUGUGAACGUGCGAAUGGAUUACAAAUGGAAUGUGGAAGCGAUUGAAGUGCUAUUGAAACACCAGCUAGUGCAAACACAAGUGUUCGAUCAGCAUCUGGCACAUGUCAUGGAUGGUGGUUCAAAUGUGGACGCGACACUGUUUGCGCAGCGAUUCUUCCGUGUCAUAGGCUCAAAUGAUGCUUCGCGGAUUCCGGUGAUCAAAGAG